AUGAAUGCCUGGCUUGCCGAUGCCUCGAAUAUUCCUGGCCAGGAUAAUGGCGCCUUUCAUCAAUCCACAAUAGAUCCGUCUACUGCUUUCCUGCGUGGAUCUCCUACCCCCCAGGAUCCAUCUCAAUUCCAGCGCAUGUUCAACAAUGGCGUGCCGCGAAACGCCUCCCCAGGCUUCCAUAACCCAAACCAAGUCAUUCCGUCCAAGCGAGCACGGCCAGAAGAUGGCAUGCCCAUGUCACCCAGGCCAGCACCCGGUGGUAUAACGGGGCCGCGCUCCCAGACCCCUCACCAGGUGCCCUAUCCGGGUUAUCAAGGACCCCCGAAUGGCAACACGCAAUUCCAACAACACCCUACGCCUUACCAACAUCUUCAACAAGGAGCAUCGCCCAAUGUAACCCAGUCACCCAUCAUGCAGGACUUCGAUCAGCAAAGCGCCCGCAUGGGAACGGCAUCUCCGAGUCCUUUCUCGCCCGCUGGCCCGCACCCUGGACCCCAUAUGUCCCCGUCGCAGUCGGAUCACGGCAGUCGCGUGAACACGCCGCAGAACGCCAACUUUAUGCAGGCGCAGCAGUUCGGUGGUAUGCCGCAAGGCCCCGGCAUGACCUCGGGGGGCCCUCAACCUUCGAUGCAGGCGCAGCAGUUCGGCGGCAUGCCGCAAUUGCCCCAUAAUUAUCAUCAGGCUUUAGCGAAUCAGCAGCAGCGGCUGCAAGCCAUGCAGCAGCAGGCACGCUUGAAUCCCAACGCUGCCAUGGCUGGACGGCCUGGGGCCAUCAAUCAGAUACCGACUCAGCAGCAGGCCGUGGGGCGAAUGGGUCAGAUGCCGCAAAACAUGCAGUCAAAUAUGGCGAAGUCCAACAAUCCGGAAACCUUCCUUCGAAACCUGCAAAAAUUCAUGAUGAGCCAAAACCUGCCCUUGGAUCUAAAUCCCAUGGUAGCUGGUCGUCAUAUCAACCUCUUUCAUCUCUACGCAACAGUGAUGAAGAUGGGAGGAUCGAAAAAGGUCACAGGAGGAAACAUGUGGCCGGUAGUUGCCCAUCAGCUCUCAUUUCCCCAGAUGCAGUACCCCACGGCCGCCCAAGAGGUGCAAGGUCACUACUCACGAAACUUGGCGCCUUACGAGCAAGCUUACCUCAUCAAUUCGCAUCAAAAGCAGAUGGACAUGCAGCAACAACAGCCAGGCGGGUUGCCGCGGCAGCCUAGUCAAUUUCAGUCUCCUUCUUUGAAGUCGACCCAAGGCUUUGAGCAAGCUCAAGCCAUCGCACAGUCUCCCCACAAUAGCACACCAGUACAUCAUAAUACCCCAGGGAAUGCAAUGAAUGGGUUUGCGACGCCGACACACGCAAGAAGCCAGAGCAGGCCAGCCCAGGCCGGGCAUCGGCCAAGCGUUUCCAGGACAUCGCAACCACCGGUCCAACCGACUGAUGCCGCUACUGGACAGUUUGUCGCUCCAUCCCCCUCGCAAUCCGGGAAGGGAUCUACGCCAGUUGCUAGCCAACAGCAGCCAGUACACCAAGAGCAAAAACCGGAACAGCUAGUGAAACGACCUAUUGGGGAGACCUUUAAGCCAAUGGUUAUGACAGGAAGUCGCCUGCAUGGGCCCAUUAUUGUUGAUGAGAUGUACCAGCUUGGCGACGAUAUCUCGCGGCUAAAGCCAGGCGUGCCGACUUUUGCGGAACUGGGACUUGUUGAUCUCCACGCGCUGACAAUGGCUCUGAAAUCCGGGAUUACCGCCGAGGUCCGAGUUGCACUUGAUACCCUUACCACACUCUCCGGGGAACCAUCCCUUCAACUAUCAUUGGAGAGCUGUGAUGACCUGGUAGAGAGCCUGGUUGACUGCGCUGAGGAUCAGGUCGACUUUUUAGCGGAACACACCACCGAAGACUCCGAUACUGUGCAAUUACGUUCCUAUGCAGAAGUCAUUCGAGACUGCCAGUCCGAAAACACAUCAAUUGCAGAGGUUCCUGAGUUUGGAAGUAUCGAGUACGAACUGGACCGGGCCGUUGACCGGCUCAUCUGUGUUACCACCAUUCUGCGCAACUUCUCGUUCAGCGAAACGAAUUUCUCACCUCUUGGUAUUCCUCCAGUCGCACAGCUGUUUUCCGACGUUUUCCGCUACAUGGGAACCCGCAAGAUGUUCCUGCGGACGAGCCGCAACACAUUGGAUAUGAUGAAGGAUGGAGUUAUUCUGCUGAGUAACCUGGCGCAUGCUGUUCAAAUACCCGGCAAGGAGGAAGCUUUGAAUCUUUUGACGUUCCUGCUGGCAUUCUCCCCCGAACCCACCUCGUCGCCCUCCGGCAAAGUGAUGUUCACGGCAUUCAACUCCUCGGUUGACCGAUACACCCCGGCUGCGGUUGAUGGACUUGCCAAAAUGCUGGCUAGAGAUGACCCGAACCGAACCUACUUCAAGGCCAUCUUCUCUGGUGAUGGGUCUGCACCUGCGCAGCCGGAGUUGUUAACCCGCGCCUUUGGUCUUGCCAUCUCUUGCGUUCCUGACAAGAAGCCCAUGGCCGUGGUGGAUGCGCGCAAAGUGUUCUUGAUGCAGGGCCUUUUAUCGGCGGAUGUCCUCACCACCUUCGCCGAUGGCACCCUUGCCAAAGCAUGGCUUGAGUCGGUCGAUGGCUUUGCGGUCCAUCUUCUCCGACUUUCCUGCGCUCUGUGCACAGAGCGUAUUCCCCAAAUAAACGUGCGACAACGGGGCCAGGCCGAGGCUGACGCAUACGCUUUCAGCUCGAUUGUCAACCGCGGAUUAGGCAUCCUGCGCCGACUCGCUGAAAAAUCAAAGCAACUCGACAACUCCCUCCCCCUCAACAUUCCCUCUGGAAUUCUCCCCCGAAAAGAGAGCCUACUAGGCGCACUCCUCCUCCCCAACAUUGACGGUGGUGUCGUUCGCCAGCUGCUCACAUAUGCUCGGUUGGCGGAGUAA